GACAAAAGGAGGCCAUAAAGACAUUGUGAUUCUUUUAAAAUGUCCAUGUCCCAGCCCCAUCCUUCAUGACAAAGUAAACAUCUUUAAUUUUAUCAUUCCAUUACAUGCAGCCUAGUCAUCUUCCUUACUUUCACCUUUUUCUUUCCCUACCAUCUCUUUCUUUCACUUUUAUAUUUCUAACAUCUUUCCCUCCUCUCUCAGCUCUCCAAUUCUAAAUCUCAUAAAAAAUCUCCUUGGGUCUCCUGCUCCUGUUAAGACCCACAAAGCAUGGCCAUGGGAGUCUCUAAGUGCAUCUUCUUAUUCCACCUGUCUCUUCUCACCAUCUGCUCUUACGGAACUCGAGGGGAAUAUUAUCAUAAGAAAGAACAUAGGAGAGAUGAAGGAGAAGCGAAUAUUCUCCCAUCUUCUUCCAGGCAACUCCUCAACAAUGUCAAGACAACCAUACACGACUCAAUCAACCCAUCGACAACACUCCUUCCCGUUACACCUACACCACAACAGGUAACAACGCCUCCAAAUGAUCCAACACCAACAAUAGUCACUGUCCCCUCUACCUUCCCAGGCACUAUGACUCCAACCACUCCAGCUUCAAACCCACCUAUCAUACUAACUCCUCCAACUACAGGUACUGUCAAUCAGCCACCGCCUGUUAUCAAUCCAGUCACACCCCCAACAGCCACAAUUCCAGGUGCCCAACCAAUAACUAACCCUGUAACAACGUAUCCUGCUCCAGUAGGAAAUGUUCCGGUCACAACCCCAGUCGCAAAUCCAGUGCCGCCCCCUGCAAUGACAAAUGCUCCAGCAAUUCCUGGUCAGAGCUGGUGUGUAGGUAAGACUGGAGCAUCAGAGACUGCACUUCAGGCGGCACUGGACUAUGCUUGCGGAAUUGGAGGGGCGGAUUGUUCCAUGAUUCAGCAAGGUGGGAGCUGUUACAAUCCGAACACUUUGCAAAACCAUGCCUCAUAUGCAUUCAACAGCUAUUAUCAGAAGAAUCCACAGCCUACCAGUUGUGACUUUGGAGGAGCGGCCAAUAUUGUCAACACCAAUCCAAGCACUGGUACUUGCAUUUACCCAUCAUCCUCGUCACCGUCAUCAUCAACAUCAUCACCAUUGUCGUCGUCAUCGUUUUCGCCUCCCUCUUUGUCUUCACCAACUACACCUUCAAUCUCAACACCAGCAACUCCGACAUCCCCGUUGGGGUCGGCGCCAGGUUCAACAGGCUCUGAUAUUUCACCUACGGUGCUAAAUUCAAGCAAUCCCACCUCUAGUACCACGACAGUUGUGGGCUCUGAUAGCCCUCCCGGCUCCACUACUUCAACAUCCAUGGCAGUUGGGUUGCAACCACUCAUCGGCAGCAUCAUUCUGGUAACAACCUUCAUGGCUGGAAGAAAUCUUGUGGGCAUGUAGAAUUCAACAAAACUCACGAUUCAACAAGCAAUUGGGGUUGCAUCAGUUCAAGCUUGGGCAGGGCAUCAUUACUGAUGCUUGUUGCUGAAGGUACAAUCUAAUGUCAACAUAGAUGAGACAUGAUUAUAAGUUCCACAAGAAAUGUUAGGCAGCCCUGAAACAUCUGCAAGUUUUGGUACAAAAUAGGGACAUGAUAAUUUGUAAGCUAUAUGCCUCUAGACUGUUAUAUAUGCCUCUAGGAAUGAUAAGGUUGUUAGUUCCACAAGGCUGUAUUUCUCUAGUUAUGUUAUUGGUCUGCUUAGGUACUCGCUGAUGACUCUGGAUUGUAUAAAAAAAAAUUGUCA